AUGGCAUCUUAUUCUAUAGCCCAACAGUAUCUUCUUUACUCAACCAAAUACAAACCUUGGCUUUCCAACACGCCUCUCUGGCACAUCUACCACUCUCCCGGAAUCUUUGAGUCUCCAGAGUUUCGGAAAAACCUUGCCGCAGAUAUCACCAAGCUCUACACCACCAUAGUUGGUCUCCCCUCCUUCUAUGUGGUCGUCCGCUUUAUCUGCCUUCCACACGCCACCGCCUUUAUUGGAGGCGAGAUAAGAGAAAAAAAGACAUUUGUCAGUCUCGUGAUUGAGCAUGUAGCCGUCCAUAAAACCGAUGGAGGCGAAAACGCCGCUCAAAUCUUCAGUGAUCGUAUCAAUGAGGCCCUCGCUCCCCACAUCGCCGAGAAGGGUUAG